AUAGUUAAUUUUCCCCUGUAGACCCGUCCCUGUCUCCAACUUCAGAGCAUCCAAUCGCUCAACAGCGCCACUGAUGAGCCUCUGUCGUCGUCGUCAUCAGUGAACCAGGCGAGGCGACGAUCGGACCCGGGUCGUAAGCGGUAAGCCCACCGGCUCAACAGCAGGCUGCAGAUCCCCCCACCCCCCACGCAACUCCAUCUCCUCUCCGCCUCCACCUGCACCCAUCGAGCACCGAACGGCGGCGGCAUGGAGGCUGGCGGCGAGGAGUUCGCGAUCGGCGUGGUGAUCUCCGCGAAGACCACCCUGGGGGAGGAGUUCGAGGGCCAGAUCGUCGCCUUCGACCGCCCCUCCAACCUCCUCGUUAUCCAGGAGGGCGUGGGUAGGGCGGAGAGGGGGGAGCGGAGGAACGUGAGGGUCCUCAAAGCGAACUACAUCCGGGAGUUCUCGGUGGUCAGUAAGGGUGACGACCCUCUCGAUCCUGCCAGCUGCAUGCUGGACCUCAACUCCAUUUAUGCCCGGGAGGAUGCUGCACUCAGGCAAGCAGAGAUUGAAGCUGAGAGAAUUGGUGUUGGUGUCACCCCAGAAGCUCAAAGUAUAUUUGAUGCGCUGUCCAAGACGCUUCCGGUUCAGUGGGACAAGACUGACAUUGUCGUAAUGAAGGAGGUUCGUGUACGCAGUCCGUACCUGCCUGAAAAUGUUAAUGGAGGAACAGCUGCAGCAAAUGAACGCGUUAAGAAAGUGGUAAAUACUUGGCGCUUGACGUCAAUGUUCAUACCUCUACAUAGCUGGACCAGUAAAGUGACUAACAACUUUUGGUCACCCUUCUGUUUUUGGUUGUGUUUGUCUCUUGCAGAUUGACUUUGAAAGGAAAAGAUUACAUUCA